AUGCACACGGGAUGUUUUUUCAGCAGCUGUUUUUGGCUUUUGACAUUUUUCUCUACAGCCAGUAAACCCCCCAGCAUGUUAUCCUAUGUGUCCAUGCACACACAGACUGUAAUCAAUGUUUUUUGGCUGGGAAAAAAAAAACCCAGACUAGUGGGUUUCUAGAGGUAUUUUAGUUGUAAAAACGCUCUAACGCUGAAAAACACAGUAAAUCGCAGCAAACCAGCGUUUUUAGACAUUUUGUUGACCCAAAAAUUUUUUUUAUUUUUUUGGCAAAUAAGGCUCCAUACACACGGAACGUUUUGAUAACACUGGUAACGUUA